CAUAAACCACAUGCUGCUCCGCCGCUAUAAAGGGGAGCGCGGCGGCGGCGGCGGCUCAGCCCGGCCCCGCUCGGCCCCGCCGCCGCCUCGCCCGCACCGCCCGGCCCCGCCGCAGCUCCCGGCCCCACGGCAGCCCCCAUGCCCCGCCUCGGAGCCAAGGUGUGCCUGCUCCGCUGCACCCUGCUGUCGUCCCUCCUCCUCCUCCUGCUCUGCAGCAUCCAUGAGACGGAGCAGAACAGCUACUGCCAGCAGAUCAUCACGGAGAAGCACCUGGCCGAGCUGGAGGAGCUGGCUGACACCCAGAUGCAGCACCCGGGCAGGGUCUCCUUCAAGUUCAUUGAUAAGAUGCAGCUGAACGACUCCAUCUGCUACGUGAAAGCCGCUUUUCCUCUGCUGGGCAAGAUCCUGGAGCGAACGGAGUUCAAGGAGAACUCGUCCAAUGCCAAGAAGAUGCAGAUGGUGCGCAGGAUGUACAACCGCAUCGAUGAGAACGUCGACCCCUGCAUCAGGGAGGAGGAUGAUGAGGAGAGGAAGCUCUCGCAAAUGUGCUUUGAAGAGUUCACCACCUCCCCGUACGAGAUGCUGGUGCUGGUGAAACAGUUCUUCCAGGACAUCAACCAGCUGCUGCAGAACCAGGAGACCUUCGAGAAGGACUGCAGCCAGGUCUACCGCCAGUCCUGCCCGGGGCCCAGGGCCGGAGCCUCCCCAGGUGUGGGGACAGAUCCUGACUGCAAUUGCCUGUCCCCUGCCCUCCCUUCCGCCACCCAGCCCUCCCUCCCUGCUGCCACCCACACCAGUGGGGAGGUGACACCCGCUAGCACCCGGGUCCCUUACAGCCUCCAUGCCACCCUCGCUGAUUUAGACGCCCCGUCUCAGCCCCCCAGUAGCAUGGACGGCGGCUCAGGGACCGGGGAGGUCCCGAGUGCCGGCGUAGGUGACAUCACGUCGGUGCUGUCCCCCGCCACGCAGCAGACGGCUCCAGCCGACAGCGCCGAAACCCUCCUGGAUCCGUCGGGGACCCUAAACCAGGCGGCGGUGGACGUCCCCAUCCUGCGUGGGGAUGGAGAACUGGUGCAGGGGGACAGCGACAUGGUGGCCGGCCACCCGCCAGCCCAGCAGCAGGGACCUUCCAUCCUCUCGGCUCGUCCCGGCGGGCUCAGGACCAUGGCGCCAGCAGCGUCCCCCAGCGCCGGGGGAGCCAGGAUCAGUCCCGCCAAGGCCACCCAGCCCGUCACGCUGCUCCGCUUCUCCAGGAUGGCCCCGGGGCUAUGGGAUCGAGUGGCGGGUGGCCCCGGGGACGACAACAGGGCGAGGGCACGAGGCUGGGGGCUGAGCCGGCUGCGGGAGCCCCAGGACGGGGGAGCCAGCCCCAGCUUUGACUCUGGCUUUGUUCUGGGCGCAGAGCAGCGCAGGAAGGAGCCGCUGGCCAGGGAGGGCCGCCAGGAGCCCCUGGUUUACAUCACGGUGGCCAGCGUGGUGGCCGUCUUGCUGGCCAUGGGAGGGCUGCUCUUCUACAAGUAUAAAUCCAGGGUUCUGCAGCGGCCGCUGGAGGACGGGGGCUGCGACCCUGAGGAGCCGGAGCGGAGGGCGCUGCGGGGAGCGGCGGGGAGUCCAGAGCUGGAGACUCAGGACCUCUGAGGGCCCCAGGCGGGAUGUGAAGCUGCUCGGGGGGACGGAUCCGGAUGCUCCUCGCUGUGGGAUGGAGGGUCGGCACACGCCGGCCCCCCCGCGGUCCUGCCAUGAUGCUGAUCCUCCCCCCUCCCGCACCGGUGACCAGAAACUUCAAAACAAACCAUCCCGAGGAUGGGGGGAUGCGCCCCGAGUGGGACCCCCGGGAAGCCAAGGGCUGGACGGCGUCGGGCUGUCACCAAAGGGCUUUGCUGGGACAGUGGCUGAGGUGACACCGUGGUGACGAGCAGGAUGAUGGAGACGCUGGAUGUGGGGCGAUGGAUCCUGCCGGGACACGGACCAGCUCCCCAACCCCCCCGGCUCUUCUCCCACCCCAGCACGGGGGGGUUUGGAGCAGCACCCAUUGCCCCCCACACCCCCUGCAUCACCCCAGGCUUCAGCCAGAGAGCAUCCCCAAGGCCGGGGGGUCAUUCGCUGGGCCUCCCGCCCCAACAGCCUCAUCUUGCAACUUCAACCCUCACACUGUGAAUAUUUAAAGCCCCCUAGUCCCUGCAUGGGACCAGACUUUGGGGGGUGACACCUGGCACCGUCCUUGUCCCCAUCGUGGCUCCGCUCCCGCGCCCGAGCUGGCCUCGGCUCGCCGGCGUGCCGUUAGCGUUUUACUUUUAAAAUAGCGGAUGAAAGUCUUUAUCCUGCAGAAAUACGUCCUGGGGGGCCCGUCCCACCCCCUCGCAGGGUUUGCUGCGAGCUGGCCUCGCCUGCGACUGGAUUUUAGUGUUGUGUUUUGGGUGACUGCGCUUUAGAGAAGGGAAACGGGGCCGGGGGACAACGUGGGUGUAAGAGAUGGAGAUACCCCGCUGGGGACCGGGGCGGCUUUUUGGCUCAGCCCCCACCCCGGCUUGGGGAAGAGCCGAGUUUGGGAUGCACAAGACCCCAAACCAUGGGCUGGGGUCACAUCCUGCCCCCCCUCCCCACCCCGGUCCUGAAUGUGAAGCGUGGCCUGCGCUGCUCUUGGGUUUUUGAAGUAUUAUUAUUUUUAUACGAUAGAAGAAAAUGUGGGCGAACCAAACUGUUUUUAAAGAAAGCAUUACUAUUGAUUUUUGUUUUUAAUAGGUGUAUUUAUGACUGCCAAAGGGAGGGGGGUCUGGUGCCGGGGGCUGGUGUAAAUCAGGGGGUCCAGGGCCAAACUCACUGGUGUAAACUGAUUUUUCACCACGAAGGAGACGCCGGCCCCGCUCCCGGGGGACAGAACUUGCCUUUAAGCUGUGUCGGAUUUAUUUUGCCUAUGUUCUUUUGUUUUUUUUAUACAGUGAAAUGUUGAAAUAUUUUAUACAAAGUCAUUUAAAGAAGUCUAUUUAAAGAAAAUAAUAAAAAAAACAGCCUGUAUAUUUAAUAUUAUUAAUAAAUGGAGAUGUGUG